ACAUUCUUUUCAAAACACGUGUUUACGUGUUGAGCUCAUGCAGGGCUCUAUUUUAUUUAUAAGUGUAACAAAAUAAACAAAAAUGAGUUUGUACAACUUCAAAAAAAUCGCUGUGGUCCCCACAGCAAAGGACUUUGUGGACAUAAUAUUGUCCAAAACACAAAGGAAAACACCGACAGUGGUACACAAACACUACAAGAUAUCAAGGAUUCGUGGGUUUUAUAUGAGAAAAGUGAAAUUUACGCAACAGAACUUUCACGACCGUCUUUCUAGGAUUAUUCAGGAAUUCCCCAAACUAGAUGAUGUGCACCCGUUCUAUGCAGAUCUUAUGAAUGUAUUGUAUGACAAGGAUCACUACAAGCUUGGUCUCGGACAACUGAACACCGCCAGACAUCUUAUUGACACCGUAGCCAAGGACUACGUCCGCCUGCUGAAGUACGGUGACUCUCUGUACCGAUGCAAGCAGCUGAAGCGCGCGGCCCUCGGUCGCAUGGCAACCAUCAUGAAGCGACAGGCCGCAAACCUCACUUAUUUGGAACAGGUCCGACAACAUUUAGCCCGUCUGCCGUCCAUCGACCCUUACACGCGCACCAUCAUCAUCUGCGGGUUCCCUAACGUCGGCAAGUCCAGUUUCAUAAACAAGAUAACACGAGCAGAUGUAGAAGUACAGCCUUAUGCGUUCACAACGAAGAGUUUGUACGUCGGGCACACAGACUACAAGUAUUUGAGGUGGCAGGUGAUCGACACGCCGGGCAUCCUGGACCACCCGCUGGAGCAGCGCAACGUGAUCGAGAUGCAGGCCGUGACCGCGCUGGCGCACCUGCGCGCCGCCGUACUGUACGUGCUCGACCCCUCCGAGCAGUGCGGACACAGCAUCGAGGAACAGAUAUCUCUGUUCGAGAGCAUUAAGCCUCUAUUCAGCAACAAGCCGCUGAUAGUAGUCCUGAACAAGAUGGAUGUCAUCAAGCCCGAGGAUCUGCCCGAAGGCAAGAAGCAACUCAUCGAAGACCUCAUGCUGAGCUGCUCUAAGGGUAACCUGGUCAACGCGGACCCCAACUCGGACCUCUCGGUGGUCCCCGUGAUGCGCAUGUCGACCAUGACGGAGGAGGGCGUGCAGGAGGUCAAGAUCGAGGCCUGCGAGCGGCUGCUGGGACACAGGGUUACCGAGAAGAUGAGAACCAAGAAGGUGGACGGCAUCCUGAACCGCCUCCACGUGGCAGUCCCCGCGCCGCGCGACUCCAAGCCGCGGCCCGCCGUCAUCCCGCCCGCCGUCGCCAAGAAGAAGCAGAUGCUAGCUGACAAGGCGGCUCGCAAGAGGAAGCUGGAGAGAGACAUCGAGCUGGAGGAGGGAGACGAUUAUGUACUCGACCUCCAGAAGAACUACGCGGAGAUCCCGGAGGAGGAGCGCCACGACCCGAUCCCGGAGUUCUGGGAGGGACACAACAUCGCCGACUACAUCGACCCGGACAUCUUCGACAAACUGGCCGAGCUUGAGAAGGAGGAAGACCUCCGCAUGGAGGGAGGGCUCUACGCCGUGCCCAAGAUAGAGCUGGAUGACACCAUGAAGGAGAUCAGAGAGCUGGCGCGCCAGAUACGCAACAAGAAGGCGAUCCUGAAGGACGAGUCUCGCCUCGUGAAGCAGUCCACGAAGCCGGUGAUGCCGCGCAACUCCCGCGCCAGGGCCAAGGACCGCUCCACCGCCAAGCUCAGGGACGAGAUGGAGAAACUCGGAGUGGAUAUGUCGGAGACCAAAGAGGCCCACUUCACUCGCUCCCGCGGCCGCUCCCGCUCCCGCUCGCAGUCCGCGCCCGCCGCCAAGAGGCAGAAGAUCGAGGAGAGAGGACGCUCCGUCAGCAAGCCCGCCAGGGACACUACCGGCGUUGGAAAUGCUGUUAUGCAACAGAAAGCCAAGAAGCUGGCUCACGUGGCGAUAGCGAAGAAGACCAAGCGUAUGGGUCUCAAGGGAGAGGCCGACAGAUUUAUCGGAACCAAGAUGCCGAAACAUCUGUUCGCCGGCAAGAGAGGCGUCGGCAAGACGGACAGACGAUAAGACAACAUAUUAUAUGUGUAUUAGUGUACUUGGUAUUGUGUGCGGUGAUUAUAAACUUGUGGUAUAUACAUAUGUGUGUUAAUUAAAAUGAAUUGCCGUUCGUUUGUCUCGAUAAAGCUCGAGAACGGCUCAACCGAUUUGGCUAAUUUAUUUUAGUUUUUUUUAUUGAAAUAUUCGUAGCAAUCCAGAGAAGGUUUAAA